UCGAUCCUUUCUUGUUUACGUGCGAAGUGUGGUACGGUGUGCCUUCACGUACGUGCGUAAAUUUAGUAGCUGUAUUUCUUUGAAAUUCGAAGUAUUUCGUUUCUUCUGAUAUGGAAUACAUUGGCCAAACCGGUGCAGCCCCUACGGGCUCCGAAGCUUCACUGAAAAACAAAAUCCUCUGCUGUGAAUGCGGAGUUGCAAUCGAACCGAACCCUUCAAAUAUGUGCGUAGCUUGCCUGCGUACUCACGUGGACAUAACGGCUAACAUUCCCAAGCAAGCGGUGGUCUUUUUCUGUCGGAACUGUGAACGAUACCUGAACCCGCCUAGCGAAUGGGUUCAGUGUAGCCUGGAGUCGAAGGAGUUACUUUCAGUUUGCUUGAAACGUCUGAAGGGUUUGAAAGAAGUUAAACUGGUUGAUGCUGGGUUUAUAUGGACGGAACCACAUUCGAAGCGUAUCAAGGUUAAAUUGACAGUGCACGGAGAAGUCAUGGAUGGUGUUGUACUACAGCAGGUCUUCGUGGUUGAGUUUACUGUCAACAACCAGAUGUGUGACGAUUGUCAUCGAACCGAGGCAAAGGAUUUCUGGCGUUGCUUGGUGCAGGUUCGCCAGAAGGCAAUGAACAAAAAGACACUAUUCUACUUAGAGCAAAUGAUUCUGAAACACAGAGCUCACGAAAAUACACUUGGCAUUAAGCCUUCACCUUCGGGAGGUCUUGAUUUUUACUAUGCUACCGAUGCUCACGCCCGGAAAAUGGUUGAUUUUAUGCAAGCGGUACUUCCUGUUAAGGUUACCAGCUCAAAGAAAUUGAUUUCUCACGACAUCCACAGCAAUUCGUACAACUAUAAAUUCUCUUACGCAGUAGAUGUAGUGCCGAUUUCAAAGGGAAGCCUGGUAUGUUUAAAUAAAAAGCUUCAACAGCAACUGGGACACAUUUCACCGAUUUGUUUGGUUACCAAAGUAGCGAAUGCUAUUCAUUUGAUUGAUCCUCGUACGGCGCAAAUGGCUGAAGUUCAAAACAUGGCGUUCUGGAAGAAUCCCUUUGAAGCUAUCUGUAAUCCGAAGCAGAUGAUUGAAUUUGUGGUAAUGGAUGUGGAGAUAACGCGAGAUCAGGAAAAGAACCACUUUCCUGGACAGGGUCCGGUUUCAUUCCGGCACAUCCUAGCCGAUGUGUGGGUUGUGAAAGCGUCCGAGUUGGGCAUCAACGAAAACACCAUACAUACCCGGUCUCAUCUGGGACACUUGUUGAAACCAGGUGAUUCAGUGCUCGGGUAUGACUUGCAGGAUGCAAACAUAAAUAAUGCUGAUUUUGACAAGCUGAAACAGGAUACUGUCCCGGAUUUGCUGCUAGUUAAAAAGUUCUACGACAGAACGAGCCGGAAGCAGAUCAGGAACUGGAAACUGAAGCAUUUGGCUGAAGAUGUUGCACUCGAUACGGAUAUAGAGAAUGAUUAUAACGAGUUCCUCGAAGAUUUGGAGGAAGAUCCCGACAUGCGACAGAAUGUCAACAUUUUCAAGGAUGGUAGUAAAUUGAUGCCGGUGGAUGUGAACGAUAUGGAUGAUCCGUCGGUUCCGCGAAUUACGCUCGAGGAAAUGCUGGACGAUUUAGUUUUGGAUGACGUGGAUAUGGCAGAAACAUGAAUGGGUUUAUGUUGAAGGUGUAUGUUUAUUGCAAAAUAUAAAACCGGCUUACAAGCCAGUUCGACAUUA